AGGACUUUUAUUUUGUAAAUUCAGAUUCGUGGUUGUAUUAGCUCUGCCACAGCAGUGGGCGGCGAUGUUGAGGAGGAGCAGAGACGCGAGAUGGCGGAAAACUCGAGAUUUGUCACAGCAGAGCAUCAGUCUGCACCCACAUCCUCACCAUCCUCACUGAAGAGGAGGCAUGAAGGAGACUCAGAGGAGUUCAGAUCACCUCCUAAAAAAUUGGAUACGGGAGAAGGCCACAGUCAGAAGGUGGCGACUCAUUACAACGCUCUGCAGGAGUGCGGCCUGGUGGAGCGCAGCAGGAGCAGAAUCCUGCACAUGCGCAACUUCAACAACUGGAUGAAGAGCGUCCUCAUCGGUGAGAUCGUGGAGAAGGUGAAGCGUGAGCAGAGGGAUGUGACUGUCCUGGAUUUGGGCUGCGGUAAAGGAGGAGACCUGCUGAAGUGGAGGAAAGGACGCAUCAGCAAACUGGUGUGUGCAGAUAUUGCCGCCGUGUCGGUGGAUCAGUGCCGGCAGCGCUACGAUGAAAUGAGGAGGAGGAGUCACCCUAGCGAACAAAUUUUCUCCGCUGAGUUCGUCACUGCAGACUGCAGCCGGGAGCUGCUGGGGGAUAAGCUGAAGAACCCUGAGCUGAGGUUUGAUAUCUGUAGCUGUCAGUUUGUGUAUCAUUACUCGUUUGAAACCCACAGUCAGGCAGACAUGAUGCUGAGGAACGCCUGCGAGAGACUGCGGCCUGGAGGGUUCUUCAUAGGAACCACGCCGGACGCCUACGAGCUGGUGAAGCGGCUGGAAGAGUCUGAUUCGAACAGUUUUGGGAACGAGGUGUACCGGGUAACGUUUCUGAAGAAAGGAGAUUACCCGCUGUUCGGCUGUCAGUACGAUUUCAACCUGGAGGGAGUCGUUGACGUCCCAGAAUUCUUGGUCUAUUUCCCCCUGUUUGUAGAAAUGGCGAAGAAGUACAACAUGCGUCUGGUUUAUAAGAAGACGUUCCACGAGUUCUUUGAGGAGAAGAUAAAGGACGAGCAGAACAGGACUCUCCUGCAGAGGAUGCGCGGACUGGAGCAAUAUCCGGCUGAUGGCAGAGACAGGCUGGCGUCCGAUAACCUGGAGGAGUACGAGCACGCUGAGAGGAGAGCCAGGACCUCCGGAGUUAGACUGCCACUGGGCACGCUGUCCAAGUCUGAGUGGGAAGCUACAAGUAUCUAUCUGGUGUUCGUGUUUGAGAAGAUGUCCUGAACUGAACUGAACUGAACUGGACGGUUGAACACCGAGGGCUCCAGGAGUCUCAGCUGAUUUUCUUCCUUUCUUCUUUUUUUUUAUUUUUAAUUUAGUUUUUGUGUUUUGGGAACGAUGAGCCGGUCGAAGCUGCUGUCUUUUCAGUUUAACAAACGGAUAAAGAUGUUUGUACAACCAUGUUUCUGUGUGUGUGUGUAAAUGAGGGGAGUGUGUGUGAGCAUAUAUAUGAUUGUCUUCAGUGUUCAGUCAUUUUCUAAAUAAACAGUUUUGUGAAAAAUCUAAUUUCCCUCCUUGCCACAAACGUAGGUCGUCACCCAAGAUGUUAGACAGUCGCUGAGCUCCAAACAGCAGCAGCAGAACUUUUACUGCUCUUCUGUCCAUUUUUAUAGAUUAUAGUGUGUCAGAAACCACAUAAUCAGGUCUGUUAGAGAUACUAAACACUUCCACUCAGUCUGAGGAGAGUGUGAUGAUUUAGCCAUGCUGUUAGGACCAUGUUAAUAAGAUUGCAUCACUUGUUAGCCACAUUAGCCUCAUAGCUCCAGUGCUAAAACUGAAGAAGCAAACUUAAGACACCAAACUUGUCUUGGCUGAUUGACUACAUUUGGGGUAAGCAAGGUUAACCUGAAUUAGAUUUUUCACCAGAAUCUCGCUUAAAAUCAGUAUUUACCUCAAGCUAUGUCAACUGGUACGUUACGGAAACGCAUUUCCACCAGCUAAAGGAAGAGAAAUAAUGUAUUAUGUCAAAAUUUUCAAAUAAAGACUCAUUUUCCUGAAAUAUCGACUUGGUAUCUUCAAAUAAUAACAUAUUCUCAAAGUCAUAUUCUUUGACUUAUAUCGAAGUAAUGACUUACCUUAAAUUACUUACUUUUUUUUAUAAUUCAUUAUUUUGACACAGCAUACUUAAAAUUUAAUAUUAACUCAAAAUCUCAAAAAAGAAAGUCAUUUCAAAAGAGCAAGUCAUUAUUUUGUAAUUGUCAUUUGUAAUCGUAAUUAUUGAAAUACUAAGUUUCUGAGAAACAAUUUUGAGAUAGAAAGAAUUAUAUCAACAUUGUCAGUAUUUCCAGAAAAAUAAGCUUUCAUUCUGAGAUUUUUUGAAAAAAUAGGUUGUCAUUUUCUGGAUACUAAAUCAGUUUUUUUGAGAAAAUAAAUCAUUCUAAGUUUUGAGAUAUUUUGACUCAGUUUUUUAGUAAAAGUCAUUUUGAAAUACUAAGACAAUUUUUUGAGAAAAGUUGAGAUAUUAAGUGAAAAUUUAGAAAUUUUUGAAAAGAUUUUCCCCUCCUCUACCUGGUGGACUUCCAUAGUACCUGACUUUUUCCCAGGAAAGGAUAAAGAAUGUAUUAGCACCAGUCGAGUAUCUCUUUCAUACUAAGUGCUUUACAGAAGCUCGUUUCUAUACGGCUCGUUAAGUUCGUGAUCAUUUCACUGAGCUGACGUCUGGAUGGUUCCUCACCGCAGAGCACUGAAGUCAAAGUAAUGUGAUUUUUGAUCAAACGAUGCCCGUUUGGCGAGAGUGAUGUCUCUGUUUAUUCAGCUCUAGUUUGUAAUGGUGGUGAUGGUGUCUGGAUUCUAUGGCUGAACAAAAUUCACUUUGUCACUGUGUUAUUAGAACACGCAGCGUUUGAUGCAGUGUUAUAUGUUUAAUAAAUUAGAUGAUGUAAUCAACACACAGUGUAGGCUGCUUCCCGAGUAAAUGAAUGCCAUCUUUCAUAGUUUUGGGCUCCUUACUGUUUUAUUUUGAUGUACUGAAAGAGUUCUUUCCUCUUUUUUAAAAACAAGACCGCAGAACCAAUUCUGCCUCCUUCACUGAUCACACAGAGGCUCAGUUUUGUAUAUGCUGAGUUCAUAAUUAAAUCUGUGGUUUAUUUUGGGCUGAUUUUGUAUGACUUCACUGCCUCAAGCGUUGCGAUGCCUCUUUCCGCUCACUGCUGCUGGAAUGUAAUCCUGUUUGGAGAAUUCAACUUUGAUCGAUACGAUCGUCUGUAAUUUGUAACUCGUGUUUUGCUCUCUGGGAUUGUCCAGAAGUGUUGGUGUAGGAUGCAGACUCCAUUAAAGGAACACUGGUGAAAAAUAA